GAUGGCGGAGCUGCAGAUGCUGCUGGAGGAGGAGAUUCCUGCGGGACGGAGGGCUCUGCUGGACAGCUUCACCAACCUGGAGAGAGUAGCCGAGUACUGCGAAACCAACUAUGUGCAGGCUGCAGAUAAGGAGCAAGCGCUGGAGGAAACAAAGAGUUACACCACUCAGUCUCUGGCCAGCGUUGCGUACCUCAUCAACACGCUGGCCAACAACGUGCUGCAGAUGCUCGACAUCCAGGCGUCUCAGCUGCGCCGCAUGGAGAGCUCCGUCAACCACAUCUCUCAGACGGUCGACAUCCACAAAGAGAAGGUGGCGCGGCGGGAGAUCGGCAUCCUGACGACCAAUAAGAACACGAGCCGGUCUCACAAGAUCGUCGCUCCGUCCAAUCCCGAGAGGCCGGUGCGCUUCAUUAGGAAACCCAUCGACUACAGCGUGCUGGACGACAUCGGACACGGAGUCAAGUGGUUGUUGAGAUUCAAGGUGAACGGGCAGCACAGCAUGAAACUGGGAGGAAGUCUGUCCCGCUCCAACCCCCCCACACAGAAACCCCCCAGCCCCCCGAGGGCUGGCAUGGGCAUUUUAGGGAAGAGCUCUCCCUACAGGACUCUGGAGCCGGUGCGCCCCCCCGCGGUGCCCAACGACUACGUCUGCAGCCCCACCAGAAACAAUAUAGUUGCCGGGCAGAUCCCCAGCCCCCCCCGCUCCGCCUCCCUCCACCACCGCACCCGAACACACAGUGGCAGCAGUGGGGGCAGCAGCAGCAGAGAGAACAGCGGCAGUGGCUGUGUGGGACUUCCCAUCGCCGUGGCAACGCCCUCUCCCCCAUCCACCUUCCCAGUUUCUCCCACUGCAGGACAAGCAAGCUCCUCCUCCACAGCUCCUAACUCCUCUCCCUCUCUCCCAACGCCUUCCUCCUUCUCCUCCUCUUCCUCCACUGCAACCCUAACACAACCCAAUGCUCCCUUAGCCCCCCACUCCCCCCCACAACAGGCACCUCCUCCUCACCCAGACACCCAAUCAAACCCUCCUUCCAACACUAGCCCCUCUGAGGGAGAUCAGCCUCCUCUCCUUCCUCCUUCUCCUCCCUCCUCCUCUUCCUCACCUCCUUCUGCUGAAGGUGACACGGCCCCUCAGUUCUUCAGUAUGAACCGUCCUCAGCCCCGGCAACAGAGUCCUCAGGUGGGCGGAUCUCUGCCGUACCGCCGGCCCCCCUCUGUGACUGGCCAGCCAAUCACAACGGAGAACCAGAACGGGGGGCCGUACUACAACCAGAGUCCAGCCUCCCCACCGCCCCCCUCCCUGCUGCAGUUCAGUCCUCAGCUUCCUCUCAUGGGCUUCGUGGCUCGAGUUCAGGAGACCAUCUCAGACGUUCCUCCACCGCCUCACACGGCUACAGGGGGACAAUCCGAGGAGCCGCUGCUCAGCCCCCAGCCAAUGGAGGAGCAUCGUGAGGAAGAGGAGGAAGCGGUAGUGGAGUACAGCGACCCGUACGCCGAGGAAGACCCUCCCUGGGCCCCCCGCACCUAUGAGGAGAAAGUGGUGGCCAUCUACGACUACUCUGCAGACAAAGAGGACGAGCUCUCGUUUCAGGAGGGCGCCAUCAUCUACGUGAUCAAGAAGAAUGAGGACGGCUGGUACGAGGGAGUCAUGAACGCCAUGACCGGCCUCUUCCCCGGGAAUUACGUGGAGUCCAUCAUGCACUACGCCGACUGAAGUCUCCUGUUUGUCUCUGGACACAACAAGGUUCACCCUCUCAGAUCAAAAGGGAAACCCUCCGCUGCUUUAAUACCCUUUAGAUUCACACAAAUCAGAACUCAAACGGAGAAAUAACCUUAGAUCAAUGAUGAUUUAUUGAGCUUCAGUUCAGACUUGGUUGAAAUAUAAUGACAGUAAAAUAAUGGUGGUGGGGGACGGAACGAGAUGAGGGACGUUUGCAAAGAGGGUUUAAUCAGAGGCCAAAAACAAACACCAGUAAAGCAGUCCACAACAAAACAAAGACCACACUAUGGCUAGCCAGGUAGGACUGGUGUUCCCUCCUCCAGGACCCAACUCACUGCCAGAGACCAGAACCAGGUCACCAUGUUUUUAUUCAGUGACUCAUUACCUGAUUCUGAUCAGCUGUCUGGUGUCCGGUCCAGCCACUCCCAUCAGUCCAGUACUGAGCGCUUUGACCACACCCCGCUGCCACAGCCUCCAAAUCCCUCCAAAAUAAAAGUCCAGAACCAGAAGACCCUGGAGUUAUCAGGCGUCUCACUAAUCAGAAUAUUCUAGGUUUAAUUUUCCCCCCAAUUAAUAAACAAACUUCCAAUGUUCAAAGUUAGUCCUGCAGCUGUCUUAUUCAUAGUCUCCUAAACCUGUUUCAGUAUUAAUGAUUAAAUGGAUCCACUAUAAGGUUUCUGUUUGUACCUGAACACAACACUCCUCAGUGCAUGAGGAGGCUUUAUUUCAUACGCCCCUCUGAGCAUUGCCUUAACAAAGACCCUUCUUACUUCUUUCUAAACAGCUUUAUGCUUUCUGUCAGAAAAGGAAGGUAUUUAGAACAGAUCUCCAGAUGAAACUGCAGAAGAACAGACCCUGACAAAGCUUUACAAAACAGUGAAACUCAGUGAAGGAAAUGGAAGUCAUUAAAGGAGAUUCAAUCCAUAAGUCUCUAUAAAUGUCAAACAUCCGACCGUCUGGGACUCCAGCCUUGAAGUGUUUUGACCAUAAAUACAGACCCUAAAUACAUCAGUGUAAAAAAAUACAAUUAUCGUUUAUCCAAACUUAUUUCUAUCAUUUUCACUCAAAUGUCUAAAAAUCUAACAUAAGCACUAUUUUAUAAACGUUUUAAAGGAUCCACAGGAGGUUUUUCAACAUUUAUAUUUCACAUUUAUACCCGAAAAUAUGGAUAUUAAGAUAAUGAGAGCUUUAUUUACAGAGAGACAACAGGAUAUCAUCUGUAUUAAUUUAGAUUAUAUAGAUCAGUGGAGGGUUUAUUAAUCCAUACCAAACUACAGCAGUAAUUAACAGAUAAAACAAUUCGAUUUUUUGGGUGAGGUUUACUUUAAUUUCUGCCCUCUGAGUCUUCUUCUUUCCUCAUGUUUUAUUGAUGUUACCUGAACACAACACCCACUGAGAUUGUGACUUGUUGAAGUUUACAGUGUGUGUGUGCUGCAUGCCUGAUAUACAUUAUGUAUAUUUAUAUACAGUGGAGGAAAUAAGUAUUUGAUCCCCUGCCAAUUUAGUUAGUUUACCCACUUGGACAGAAAUGAACAAUCUGUCAGAAAUAUAGAUUAAAAAAAGAUAAACAUUGAUUUGCGUUUAAUUGUGUGAAAUAAGUAUUUGAUCCUCUUGCUGAACAUGCCUUAGUACUUGGUGGAGAAAACCUUGUUGGAGAGCACAGAGGUCAGAAGUCAGACGCUUCUUGUAGUUGGUCUCCAGGUUUGCUCACAUCUCAGGAGGGAUUUUUGUCCUCUCCUCUCUGCAGAUUAUCUCAAAAUCCUCCCACAGAAAGCAUCUGUCUGGUAUUUAAAGUGUUCUCUACAAAGAAGGUAUUUAACUUUGGUUGAUCCAAAAAAUGUCCAGCUGUGGUUUCACAGGCCCGUUUACUACCCUAUGAUUUGGUCCUAUAUGAAACGCGCUGAAUUAUUUGGGGCUCAUUUAAAUAAUGAUGACGAGCUCUGCUCUGAUUGGCUGGUUUACAUGAGCAUUCCAUGGCUGCCUCAGAGCCCACAGAAGUAAGUGAAGCUUGUGAAACUGUGAGAGAUGAACCAUGGAGGCUGUUGGCAUCCAACCUCACAUGUCUGAGUCUUUAUCGGAGGAGGAAACCGAUGAUCUGAAGAACAGCCAGUUGGUCGGAGAUUGGAGAGCAGCGUUACGGAGUGGUAAGUGUUAGUGUUUCCAGCAGCUGGUGUGUGCAGAUGUUGGGGCUGGACUACCGUGUGUCACACACAGGGAGUGUUGUAACUCGCCGUUGUACCACUCUGAUACGCAUAUUCAUGAUUUGCAUGUGAUUUGUCCAGCAGUGGCUCAGUCAGUCCAGCAGUGGCUCAGUCAGUAGGGGCUUGGACUGGGAAUCGUAGGGUCACUGGUUCUAGUCCCCAAACAGACUUGAAAUAUGGAAGGUGGACUGCUGCUUGGAGAGGUCCCAGUUCACCUCCUAGGCCCUGCUGUGGUGCCCUUGAGCAAGGCACCGGACACCUCCAAUCCCCCCUCCCCAUUGCUCCCCAGUCGCUGCACAAUAGCUGCCCACUGCUCCAGUACUAGGAUCGGUUAAAUGAAGAGGACCAAUUUCACUGUGUGUUCUGCUGUGUGCAUGUGUGUGACUAAUAAAGAGGGUUUCAUCCUCCCAUUCUAAUUAAAAAAGUGAAGGAGGAAACACGGUGUUUGAGGUUCACGGUAUAUCAGCUCAGUGUACCGAGCUCUCCUUAUUCCACUAUGCCAAGGUGAAUACAGUUUUCCAUUCUGUGGCACCUUUAAGGUGUGGAGGCUGAUGGUUGGCCACUGGAAGCUUCAGCUCCCUCCACAGAUGUUCUAUGGGAUGGAGGUCUGGAGAUUGGCUAGGCCCUCCCUCACCUCAAUGGGCUUCUACUGUAGCCCCUCCGUAGUUGCCUUGGCCGUAUGUUUUGGGUCAUUGUCGUGCUGGAAGACCUAUCCAUGUCCCAUGUUCAGCGUCCUCGCUGAGGGAAGGAGGUUAUCAGCCCACUGUACAGCUCCUUCAGUAACAGGCUGCUGCCCCCGCGGUGUCUCAGGGAGAGAUAAAAAAGAAAGUUUCCCCUCUGAGGGACGAAUAGAGGGAUUCAGAUUCUGAUUAGCAGAGAAACCUCCCAAAGCAUCAUGUCUCCUCCUCCAUGCUGGACGCGGGGGAUGGUGUUCUUGGGUCAUAGGCAGCAUUUCUGUUCCUCCAAACAGGACAUGUGGAGUUGAUGCCAAAGAUCUUGAUGGUGGUCUCAUCUGACCUCAUCCCCUUCUCAUCAGCCUUCUCUGGAUCUUCAGAGGAUCCCUGGCAGACUUCAGACGGCCUGUACAUGUGUCUUCUUGAGCAGGAGACCUUGAGGAGCUGCAUGAUUUUAAUCCAUUACGGCGCAGUGUGUUACCAAUAGUGUUCUUGGUGACUGACUGGCUGCCUUCAGAUCAUUAAAGAAAAGAUGUUCUUUUAUUAAUCCCAGAGGGGAAAUUCAAAUUCUGCAUUUGACCCAUCCUAGUGUUAGGAGCAGUGGGCUGCCAUAUGUAUGGCACCCAGGGAGCACUGUAUGGAAUGGUACCUUGCUCAGGGACACCAUGGUAGCACUUGGUCUUUCGGGGACUUGAACUGGUGACCUUCCAGUUCCCAGGCCAAGCCCCUACAAGUCUACAUUAACAAGUCCCUCCUGUGUAGUUCUUGGCUGACCCAUCACCUUUCUCAUGAUCAUUGAUGGCCCUAGAGGCCAGAUCUUAGAUGCGGAGCCCCAGACCGAGGGAGAUUGAUGGUCAUUUUGUGCCUCUUCCAUCUUUUAAUAAUCAAACCAGUUUUCUCUCUCUCACCAGGCUGCUGCUGGUGGUCUUGUCUUCUAUUCCAGCCUGGUGCAGGUCUACUAUCUGGUCCCUGAUGUCUUUAGACAUCAGUUCCACCAUGAGCACAAGACCUGUCUCUGGUCUGGCCCCCGGUGGAGAGGUUGUAAUCUGAUUUAUUGACUGUGGACAGGUGUGUUUUAUCCAGGUGACAUCAGGAGCACUUUCUAAAAGCGAGAGGACUUCUUUAACCAGUCCGUGGGAGCCUGAAUCCUUGUUGGUUGCAACGGGAUCAAAUACUUAUUUCGUCCACUGUAUAUAUAUAUAUAUAUUAAUAAUAACGGAAAAAUGUGUAGGCUGUCUUUCAUUUUGACCCACAGAACAAUGGGGGGGCUAUCUACCCUUAUCCACAAUUUAAAGUAAUCCACACAGCUUCUCCUCUCUCUGUGAGGAGCAGCAGCUUCAGCCGUCAGAACAAAGUAACACAAGAUAAAUAUGAUUAAAUAUGCUGGGUACUAAUAGAUGUAUUUAUUUUCUUCUCAGAGUACCAGAAUGUGUAGUUUACAUCUCAGGGGUUGGGUUUUCAACAUGUCAUAUUUUUCACGUGUGGUGAGUUUCCAGGGUUGGUUCGAAGUCCAUCUUUGGGUCGUGAUUGAUUGACAAAGGAAAAAGUGGGUCCUGAGGCUUGACCAGUUGAGAGCUACUGGUCUAGAUUAUUCUUUUUUAAGAGUGGUUUAAUAACUGCAGUUUUCAUGCCACAGCAUAGGAUGCCUCCAUUGCAGGAGCCCCAUGAUUCUUUUGGCAGGUCUCAGGUUCCUAAGCAUUGAUACGAUUUAUUCCCUUUUGUGUGUGGAAAUAAAUUGCAAUCCCAAAUCUGUCUACGUACCCCCUGCAAUCCCCUCAAGUACCCCCAGGGGUCUGGGUACCCCUGCUUGGUAACCACUGCUUUAGGUCUUUAUCAUUAAUCUGAUGGAAUUAUGUCAUGGUGUUUGAAUUGAUUUUAAGUGGACACAAGGACAACACAUUUGCUGUCCUAAAGAAACACCGACUGCCUGUCUGAUUUUCUGAAAUGUGUCAGUGAAGAAGGAAGCAAAUUCAUUGCAGGCCCUGGUGGAUAGCAGUCCAGAGGCUACUGACACUGGGGGGUUUGUUAGUCUCUCAACAGUAGCAAUCAAGGCACGUGAGUUGUUUGUGUUUUUGGCGAUGACGUCAGAGAAGAAAGACUGUCGUGCCUUUUUUAAUUCCAAAUGAUAAAAGCCAAGUUUUCCUUUAUAGAUUAUAUUUAUGGAGGAGGAGGAAACUGGACAGUAUACUGGAUAACCCCCCCCCCAUGCAGAGCUAGUGAAGAUGAGGAGUACGUUCAGCCACAGACUCAACCCACCUCGGCACAGCACUAACAGCUGGGAAACUCCUUUGUGCCUGUAGCCAUCAGACUGCACACCAAGGGGUUCACCAUGAGACCCCCUGACAGUAACCGGACUGCACACCAAGGGGUUCACCAUGAGACCCCCUGAGAGUAACCGGACUGCACACCAAGGGGUUCACCAUGAGACCCCUGACAGUAACCGGACUGCACACCAAGGGGUUCACCAUGAGACCCCCUGACAGUAACCGGACUGCACACCAAGGGGUUCACCAUGAGACCCCCUGACAGUAACCAGACUGCACACCAAGGGGUGCACCAUGAGACCCACUGACAGUAACCGGACUGCACACCAAGGGGUUCACCAUGAGACCCCCUGACAGUAACCGGACUGCACACCAAGGGGUUCACCAUGAGACCCACUGACAGUAACCGGACUGCACACCAAGGGGUUCACCAUGAGACCCACUGACAGUAACCAGGCUGCACACCAAGGGGUUCACCAUGAGACCCACUGACAGUAACCAGGCUGCACACCAAGGGGUUCACCAUGAGACCCACUGACAGUAACCAGGCUGCACACCAAGGGGUUCACCAUGAGACCCACUGACAGUAACCGGACUGCACACCAAGGGGUUCACCAUGAGACCCACUGACAGUAACCAGGCUGCACACCAAGGGGUUCACCAUGAGACCCACUGACAGUAACCGGACUGCACACCAAGGGGUUCACCAUGAGACCCCCUGACAGUAACCGGACUGCACACCAAGCUGCCCUCUUUCUGCAAACACACACUUGUAUAUUUUGAACAAUACUUUCGUUACUUAUCUGUAUUUUUUAUAUUAUUUUAAUGUGUGUUUCAUAUCCUGUGUGAACCGGUCCUGUUCUUUCUCUUCUCUGUUGCUGCUUAAACAGUUGGAUUUCCCUACGGGGAUUAAUAAAGGUACAUCUUAACUUA